CUCAAGAAGAUAAGAUCGGCGUAAAACCGUAAAAGUCCAACACCAAGUCUAGUCACAACCAACACAUACACGAAUGAAAAUAUAAUCUUUUAAAAAAAAUCAAAAUAAUAUUCCUUAGCAUUAUCCUCUUUAUUUAUUUUUAUUUAUUUUUUAAUUUUCCCAUUAUUUUAUGUAGACCCAUCCGCGGCGUCCCUCCGCAUAACCCAUUUCUUUCUAUUUUCUCUCUCCUUUUUUCUUCUUGAUCUGGUUUUGUUUCCUUCCAUGGCUACUCUUCUACAAUUGGUUCCUUUUCUUCUCUACUUGCUCACUCUAUCUCACGCCCAGAUUGAUUCCCACUUCGGAAAUUCUCUUCCUCUUCUUCUUCUUCCGGUGACUAAAGAUUCGUUGACUAACCAGUAUUUGACUGAGAUUCGCCAUGGGAGUUCCCUUCUCCCAACUAAGCUUGUUAUCGAUCUCGGUGGCCCGUUAAUCUGGAUGGGUUGUGAUUCUUAUCUGGGUUCUUCUUCUCCGCGCCGGAUUUCAUCUGGGUCGAUUCAAUGUUUGGCUGCUAAGCCUAUUACGGCCCGUAAACGUGGAGGAGACGACGAUGGUUGUACCCUUUUCGCGGAGAACAAGAUCUCCCAAAUGGGUCGUCGAGGAGUUUUGGUGGCAGAUACCUUAGACGGUCUUUUGGUUGUUGAAGGGUCGCAGUCUGAGGAAGUUAACUUGAGUGAGUACCCUUUUCUCUUUGCUUGCGCCCCAAAACCCCUUUUGAAUGGUUUAGCCGGCGGUGCUAAUGGAAUAGUUGGCCUCGGAAGGACGAGGAUUGCCUUUCCUUCACAAGUUUCCGCUGCUUUUAGCUCUGAAUGGCAGUUCACUUUGUGCCUUUCAUCCUCAAAUGGUGUGGUUUUGUAUGAGAAAGGGUACUACAGCUCUGUUUUUGGCUCUGAGAUAUCAAAGUCACUAAUCUACACACCUCUCCUCGCUGGCCCUGGUGAUUCACAACAUGAGUACUUCAUCAACUUGAAGUCAAUAAGAAUUGGCGGUAAGAGAUUGUCGUUUGAUGUUAAACACACUAGGCUAAGCACAAUUGUUCCUUUUACCACAAUGGAAAGCUCAAUUUAUGCUAUAUUUAUCAAAGCUUAUGAAAAAGCAGCCUUCUCUAUGAAUAUGAAAACGGUUGAACCGGUGGCACCUUUUGGGUUGUGUUUUGACUCAAAAUCUAUAAAAGAAACACAGCUUGGUCCACUGGUGCCGGAUAUUGAAUUGGGGUUGCAGAGCGAGAUGGUGAGGUGGAAUUUUCAUGGUAGGAAUUUGAUGGUGAAAAUGAGUGAUGAAGUAAUGUGUUUAGGAUUUGUAGAUGGGGGUUUAAACUCGGGAGUUUCGAUUGUUUUGGGAGGUUAUCAGUUGGAGGAUAUGGUUUUACAUUUUGAUGUGGGUACUUCUAUGCUGGGAUUUAGUCCUUCUCUUCUCAAAUGGGAAAGAAGUUGUUCUAUUUUGAAGUUUGAUUCAUUACCAGUACAGUCGUUGUGACAAAAUUUUAUGCCUUUCCAAUCCCAUACUGUUGAGUUGACUUGUACGACAAGGCGUUUUUCAAUAUGAGGUUAAAAAGAUCCAUAUCCAGAGGGGGAGCUUUCUCAUGAGGAGGUCUAAUUUUGUAAUUGUUGUUUUGUGCUACUUGCUUAUUUCUAUAGUCAUGGGGCCAAGCAAUAAGAAUUGUGUGUAACAUAGCUAAUACUAUUACUAACUGCUUGCAGUAAAUACAUAUACACCUGUUGAUUACGACGUAAUUUCCUUUAAGAGGGGUUUUCUCUGCCCUGUUUUCUCAUGUGUGUGAUGGUGACCUCAAUUAGCCUUUUUGAUAAUAGAAGUCUGGAGAGAGAACUUUUGAUGUUUUGCUGAUUACUACUUUGUAACUCUUAUAUUUUGAAUAUAAGCAUGUGAAAGUUCUGUGA